CCUCGUCUACUCUUCUUAAACCCUUGAACCCAAAUUAUUAACAAAGAAAAUGAUGAAAUUAAGCUCAUCAAUCUCCAGCAUUCUUUUUCUGAAUUUCAAUUCUCCAUCCAUUAUAUCUCACCCUUCAUCAAAAUUUCCCACCAAUCUCAAAACAACCAUGACUUAUUUCCCUAAAAGUUCCAUUCACUGUUCAAAUUCUUCUCCCGCCAUUCCUGCGGAGGAACCCCAAGUGGCGCCGCCCAAAACUAUGCCUCGGCAUCCGUGGCUCAUUGUUGGCCUCGGUAAUCCCGGCAAGAAAUACAUUGGCACCCGCCACAACGUGGGUUUUGAGAUGGUAGACGCCAUAGCUGAGUCUGAAGGGAUUUCCAUUACCGGUGUUAACUUCAAAUCCUUGCUUGGAAAAGGGUUUAUUGGAAAUGUUCCAGUCAUGCUUGCCAAACCACAAACUUUCAUGAACUUAAGUGGUGAAUCAGUUGGGGCCAUUGUCUCGUAUUACAAGAUACCAUUGAAGCAAGUACUUGUGAUUUAUGAUGAUUUAGAUUUACCUUUUGCCAAAUUGAGACUACUUCCAAAAGGUGGACAUGGAGGACAUAAUGGGAUGAGAAGUAUCGUUGACCGUUUAAAAGGGAGCCGUGAUUUUCCUCGUCUAAGAAUUGGCAUUGGACGGCCUCCUGGGAAGAUGGAUGCUGUUAACUUUGUUCUUCGCCCUUUCAAUAGACAAGAACGCGAAGAGCUCGAGUUCACAUUUCAACAUGGGACAGAAGCUAUUCAGAUUCUAUUACUAGAGGGUUUUGAUAAAAGUGCUACAUUUGUCAACAGCGCCAAAGCAAUUGAACAACUUGGUUAAAUUAUUGCUCUUGAUGGUAUAUCUUUUGUUAAGCGCAUUGAGCUUUGGCACAGAUUUAAUGAAGCAUUGGAGGGCUUGAAAAAUACGGUGGGUUGUGGUGGAAGAUGAUAAAUAUGAAUCAACAUUCAAGACAGAGCAAGCAAUGUGAUCACAGUAAACUGACUCCGUCAAACAUGACUGGUUUGCACUACUUCAGCAUACAUGGCUCAGGCAGAUUAUUGGGUUCGGACUUUCUUUGUCAGGUAU